AUGAAGACUGACGUAGCCAUUUAUGGAGAAAACCGGAUCGCCGCCGCCACGGCCAAAAGGACUGCUCGAAAGUCCCAGGAGCCUCCAACUCGUAACAUCACCACUCAACCCUACCCAACAUGCCCGCGCUGUCAAAGAACAUUUCGCGCGCGGAUUGGCCUCGUCGGUCAUCUUCAGACCCAAUGCAUUAACCGCCUAACGACCGCACCUGAUUCAACCUCGACGUCGACCACAUCGACGCCCACCCCCACCAGUGUUACUUCGAAUCCCAAUGCCACACUGCCGUCGCCCACUAUCACUUCUACUACCUUUGCCUUAAAUACCGCAAUGACUCCGAACACAAUUAUCUCUACCACCACCGCCAACGACAAAAACGCUCCUGGCGACCCGACAGUCACUUACACAUUCACCAUCACCACCGCCACCUCCAGCGAUUUGGACUCGGCUCCUAGCUGUCCUCAUUGCGACCGCACACUCACUUCACACAUCGACCUGGUUAGUCACUGGCGAAUCCAUCGCAAAGAGACUGGUGAACCAGAGCCUGGAGCACCAGCAUAUACCAGACGCCUCGCCCAACUACCCUCAUUGACUUCUCACAUUCGGCCGCCGCACGGAUGA